AAGCCUGAAGUCCGUCAACCGCACAUUUCAGCAGCGCACUUCCUCUUACUUCUGCACUUGCUGCUUCAUUGUUGCUAUUAACAGCUGCCUGCACGGGCUGUGGAAGACAAUAUUUCAAGCUAGUAUUUACUUAUGAAGAAAUAAAAUAAAAGUUAUGACAAAGUCAUAAGAUUAGCCCGGGAUCCAGUGGAUAAAUAUAUAUCUUUCACCUGCACAGCCAAGACAAAUGGAUAAACCGUCACAACAAGCUCAGAUGAAUUCAGAGCAGCCACUGUCUCCGAACACAAGGAGGAGUUUCAGCUUCUCAUCUCUCCGUAUUAAAAAGAGGCACAACAGUUAUGAAGAGGGUGGAUUUGGACGGCGGAGAGGGUUGCUGUCUUUUUCAUCAGUACGAGAGGGAUCGAGAAAGGAGUCAGUCCUAGAUGAAGUUGGCGCCUCAAAGCUAAACAAGGCUCGGGACCAGCUGAGGAAGACAGGUGAGCAGCCCAAAGGCAACCUCAUCUCUGAUGUCGCUGAGAAACACAACAUCCCAUCAGGGGAAGAUGAAGGUGGACGACAAGGGGCCCUCAAGAGGUUUAGUGCCAUGUGGUCCUCCUUCCGCAAAGGCAAAAGAGAUAGAGGCAAAGACCCUGAAACUACAGAGGAGCUGGGCCCGGUGGUGGGAGACGACACAUCCAGGCAACACCGCUACUUAAGCGGUCAGUACUUCUUUGAGUACCUGGUGGUGGUCAGCCUCAAGAAGGCCAAGGGCAGCAGCAGCUACGAACCUCAGAUCACCUACCAGUUCCCCAAGAGAGAUGGGAUGGCAAAAUUUCAGAAGGAGGAAGAGGAGAAGACACUGAAGGCCAUCACUCUCUUUUGUUUCCCAGAGGGGAUCAACUGGGCUCCUUUGACCGAGUACCACAGUGAGACCUUCUCUUUUGUUCUGACUGAGAUUGAUGGCAGCAGAAGAAAUGGAUACUGCAGGAGGUUACUGCCUGGAGGGAAAGGAGCUCGACCACCCGAGGCUUACUGUAUCAUCAGCUCGCUGGCUUGUUUCGGCCUCUUCUCCAAGAUAUUUGACGAGGUGGAGAAGCGGCGGCAGAUUUCCAUGGCCAUGAUCUACCCAUUCAUGCAGAAGCUGAGGGAGGCUUCAUUCCCAGCUCCAGGACACACUGUGGAGAUUAAGAGCUUCAUUCCUGAGUCGGGCACUGAGAUAAUCCGUCUGACCCGGCCGUUGGAUUCCUGGCUGGAACACGUGAACUUCGGCAAGCUCUUCGACUGCCUGACGGACGAGGAGGUGUUACUGGUGUUUGCCGCUGCUGUCCUGGAGAGACGGAUCAUUUUCAUCGCUGAUGAACUGGGCACAUUGUCCCAAGUCAUUCAUGCAGUAGCAGCCCUCCUUUACCCCUUCACCUGGCAGCACACCUUCAUCUCCAUUGUUCCAGAGAUCCUGAUCGAUGUAGUGAUGGCACCUACCCCCUACCUGCUGGGAGUCCAGAAACGCCUUCUGGACCAGGUCACGGACCCAUGUGAUCUGCUGGUGGUCGACUUGUCUGAGGAAAAGAAGGAGACCUUUAUUUUUUCAAUUGGUGAUGAAGGGUCUAUUCUGCCCCCGAAGCUCCAAACUGAAAUACUAGAGGAACUAAGUAACAGGCAGCAAGCAUCAACGGCAGAGGAGCUGAACCGGGUGGUGUCAGAAGCCUUCCUGCACUUCUUUGUGAAAACAGUCGGCCAUUACGCCUCAUAUGUGAAACGCGGUCGCACUGGACAGCAGGGCGUGUUUGAAAAGAGAAGUUUCUACAAGGCCAUUGACUCCAAGACCACUCGACACUUUGUCAAGAAGUUCAUCCAGACGCAGAUGUUUGACCUGUUUAUCCAGGAGGUGGAGCAGCAGCAGACUGGACCACAGCAGGGAAUAUUUCACACAAAGAUCCUUGAAUACCAAGAGAAGAAGAAAAGGGAGAAGACAAAGAAACACUAGCCGAGUGUGGGACCCUGGGUGUAUAUAAAGGAGUACAUAUGUGAAUGUUGCACUGUGUGUUUUAUUUCCUGUGACAGUUUUAAAUAAUGAUUGUGAAUUAAUGUAUUGCUGUGUUGCUGCUACUCUGUGAAACACUGGCAGAGAUGACAGACUUCAGUUGGUUCUCAGCCUGUGAACACUGAUGAGUAGGAAAAUCCUUUCAAAUAAAGACUACUUUUUUAACCUAGGCAACAGGGCCCCCAGGGCUGGAAGCCUUUUGUGUUUGUAUGGACUAUCUAUCUAUAUAUCUCUCUGUUGCUCUCCUUUGUUUCCUUCUUAUUUGUGACUGACAAAUAGCUAAAACCUAUUUCCUUUCCAUGAACAAAAAUGGAAAUUAAGCUAGUUCUCUGUUUUAACUGGGUAUGUACUGAUACAAAUACAAAAGGGCACAAUGUCUGUAUAAUAGACUGUGGAACUUCUUUCUGCUGAAGAAUAGUCUAUCGAACCCAUUUAAGGGAUCAGUGUGGGAUUCAGUGGCAUAUAGUGGGUUACAGGAUCUGAAAACCACUUGACUAUUUAUUCACUGGGUAUGCAACGCCCUUGCCUCACCCUCCCAUUCCAAACGCGAAGGAGAAACUAUGAUGUCUGCGAAACUCUGAAAAAACGCUUAAAACUGUAGGGCUACCGUAGAAACAUGGCAGUUCAACAUGGCAGACUGUAGGAGAGGACCCACUCCCUCUAUAGAUAAAAACAGCUCAUUCUAAGGUAACAAAAACAGAAUGUUUCUUAUAUUCAGGUGAUUAUACACUAAUAAAAAACAUACCUGUGAAUAUUAUAUUCCAUUUCUGACAAUAGAUCCUCCUAAAUGUUACACACUGGACCUUUAAUGCAGCAGUAAUAUUAAUCCAAAAACAUCAUACAUGAUGCUGCCCUUGUCUGUCUCUAUCUUUGAGGGGAAAAAACCAAUGUAAACGUUGCAGUAAAUACAAAAACACAUACAACAGUUUUGUUUAUUAACCUUUGAUUACAUUUGAUAUUUAUUUCUGUUAAGUUAUGAGAGCAUGUAGCUAAUUUUAAAAAUAGGUAUACAUAUGUUUUACAAUUGAAAAAAUGUCAAGCCAUCUUAACUUCACAAAAUAAUUGUUUUUUCUUAAUUAUUCAUCUAUUUCAACUUUGUAAUGAAUUGUAUUUUAAAAUUAUAUAUGUAAACUACUUCCUUAAAAAAACAAUUGAUCUUUCAGAGUAUUCUGUUCUUUCUACAAUGCCUUAAAAACCUAUUUGUAAUUGAAAUGUGUCUGUAUACCAUUUCACUUUGUUGUUCUCUUCUUUAUGGCGGCAGUAGCUCAGUCCAUAGGGACUUGGCUUAGGAACUAAAGGUUGUCAGGUUCAAGUCCAGCAUGAACCACAGUAUGGAGUGUGGACAGGUAGCUGGAGAGGUGCCCUUGAGCAAGGCAGCCCAUCACUCAACCAUGUCCAUGAGUGUGUGUGACUGUAUGUGUGUAAAAUCAUUUGAGUGAAAGAAUAAUUUCCUAAUUGGGGGUUAAUAAAGUCAAAUAAAGAUUAUUCUUCUUA